AUGGAACGAUAUCUGAAGGACGAGCCUAAAUUGCAGACCUACAAGAAACUUCCAGCGGAUCUGGACACACCUUGGGACCUGUUUGCUGCGCCCGGCCCAAUCGCUGGCUGGAAAGUAGAAGUAGAUUCAUACUGUUUAGAAGAGCUAAAUUUAAAUGAUAGAAACUCAGACUCACAUUCGAGCUCAUCAUCCUCCUCCUCCUCGUCAUCGUCGCCCUACUCCGGCUCGUGGGAUAGCAGUUCCUCGCUGAGUUGUGCGGUGGUGGUGAAAAAGGAACGCCUCGAUCCGGACGACGACGAGGCGAACAAUUCCGACAGCAACGACGAACAGAGUGAGAAAUUCAGCAAACUAUCCGUACAUCGCCAUCAUCAUCACCCGCAGAACGCGAUCGAACUAAGGCUAGUGGCACGAGCGACGACCUCAGAUCUGUUACCAACGCUCACACCUCCCUCGUCACCGGAAUCCCAUCCCAGCAGCAAGGCCAGCAUGACGCUGGCCGCGACGGUCAAGACCGAGUCGGAGAUUGCACUGCUAGAUCACCAGGGAAUACUGAGGGUAUCGACGGGGACCCAUAUACCGCGGAACACGAUCGUACGGUUGACGACGUCCAGCAGUAAAGGUGCCGUUGGACUGACGCGGGUGAUACAAGUGAGUCCCCAGCUGCAAGCCGCCAUCGCCCAGAGGAAUUCCACGAUAUCCCCCAGCGUGUCGUUAUCGUCAGUAACCAGUGCGAAACAUCACCAGCGAACGCAUGACCACAGUCCCGACUCGAAGCGAAGGAUACACAAGUGUCAGUUCCUCGGCUGCAAGAAGGUCUACACCAAGAGUUCGCAUCUGAAGGCACACCAGCGGACGCAUACAGGCGAAAAACCCUACAAAUGCUCUUGGGACGGAUGCGAGUGGCGCUUUGCCCGCAGCGAUGAGCUAACCCGCCACUACCGGAAGCACACCGGAGCGAAACCGUUCAAGUGCCGGCACUGCGAUCGAUGCUUUUCCCGCUCGGAUCAUCUGGCGCUGCAUAUGAAACGCCACGCAUAAGCAUUGGGACGCGUAACGGACUAAAACUCCACUUGACACCUGAUUCAAUGAGCUUUUACCAUCCCGAUGUCAUACACUCAGCAUCAAACGAAACGAAACAAAUCCUAGAGACAAACAAAUCAACCAACAUCAGCCAUAGGUGAAAAGCCCCGACACAACAGUCACAAUGUGGUGCAGUUGUCAUCAUCAACUCGUGGCGGCAGGGGGGGGGGAUCACGUUGGAAAUAGGAUUUCCUCCCUCUCCUCCUUACGCAAACAUGCAUUUAGAAUUUAGAACUUACAACCCCAAUCAUCAUGAACAUCAUCAUCACUUCGCCCCGCCCCAUUCUCACCAUCGUUUCGAAUAAACACAUCAUAAUCUAGAAAACUUUUCUCAUUAGACUAUUAUACACCAGGACGUAAGUUUAUAGAAAUGCGAGUGAGAGUGACGAGGAAAGGAAGCGAACGUAAACUGAUUUUAACACAUACAAAAAUCCAAAAAAAAACAGAUGCACAUUUGAGAAUUCCAAGCGUUUUCGGAAAUUCAAAAUUUGAGUAUUGGUAUUAUAUAUCUGUAAGAACAAAACACUGUUAUAUAAGCGAUAAUGUAUCUUUGUAUUUUUAAUUAGUUCGUAAGGAUCACUCACCACUCCUUCCCCCCAGCGGUUUAGGAAUCACGUUUACCACAUCAGCAUUCAAUGGAGCGUUAUCUUGUAGAUUAAUUAUUAAGUAGCUUUAGAAGAGUCUUUGUUGUUUUAUAGUCGGAAAUCAAACCAUUUUUUGUUUGCGUUAGUAUUCGCAACUUUACCGCAUGUGGCCAUCUUAGACUGUAGUAUCGUUUAUUUUGUUUUUUCGUUUCGAGAAGUUGUUUUUUCGCGACCCAUAUGUCCGCGAACAGUUUUGCAUUAAUUAUCACAAGGUGAGUACACGAUAGAUAUGGAGCGGGAAACAAUUUCCCACGUAAUGAGAGGAAACAUCACUGCCAAAAACACAAAUACUAGUGACAAUUUGAUUAGGGUUAAUCCGGAGAAAUUGGACUUUGCCAGUACCGCUUCGCGAUUUUUUUUUCUCUUUGAUUUAUGUCUAUGGAACAGAAAAAAACAUAUCCUGCCUUUAAAUUGUAUAAUUCUUAAUGUUAACGUAAGAAACCGAAUGUAUAGUUACAGCAGCAAUCCCUCUUCACCCAGCUCAGAUACUUAUGUUCUCUUAUCGUGUUGAUGCUUUCGACCUAGAUCUACCGUUACAAUUGAUUGUUUUUACGCAAAAACAAAACAUUGCUGAUCACAUCAUUCACACACACCGAUACAACAAAACUCGAGAUAACACCACACAUCGACCUUCACAAACACCCAUACAAAUACCCACGAAUCGAGAUUGAAGAUGAUCGCAAUCCAUCGUUUGCGUGAUGCAAUUUCUGUGAUCUACAUACAGCAUUUUUCGAGUGACCACGAGGGGUCAGAUUUAUACAACAGGGAUGGAAAAUAAAUCACGGAAACGGAAUCCAAAAAUGGAAAUGGAAAUGCUUGUCAUGUUAACACACACACACAUACACACACCCAUGAAAAGCAGAGGAAAAGUACGACGACGAAGAACCGAAGUCAUCACGUGAUCAGUUCAGCAAGUGCUCUAAUUUCACCCAGAAGUUGUUAUGUUAUGAUUCGCUCUUUUCUGUAAGAACCACCCUCCUUCCCCUCCCCCACACUUCAGUUCCUUUCGUGCCCUUAGAAAAAGGAAGCAUAUGUUUCUUUUUUUUUUUU